GCUAUCUCACUCAUUUUACUUCCGCAUUCUACCUUGUCCAUUCUUCUUCGCUCUAGUCCAGUUUAUUUCUCCCCUUGACCACUCCGGCUGAAUCGCAGUGACCACGUCAUGACUGACCAGUCCCAGUACGUCCUGCCCACGGACUCGCCCGUGGCGCUGCUGGACUGUAAGGCGGCGUUCGGCCUGCUGACUGACCGAGAGAAGCUGUACGCUCACUACCUGUCCCAGGCCUCCUGGUAUGGAGGGCUGAUAGUCUUGCUGCAGACAUCCCCAGAGUCACCGGGAAUCUUCGUGCUGCUACAGAAGAUGUUCCAGGCUCAGUCUCCCACAGACCUGGAGCAGGCAGCUACAUCCGCACCUGAUGGACCCUCUCAGGAGGAGUUCCAGGCCUUGAUGGUGUAUGCCGCUGGUUUCUAUUCCAACAUGGGCAACUACAAGUCCUUUGGGGACACCAAGUUCAUCCCUGGGCUACCAGUGGAGAAGUUUAAGGCUGCAGUAUGGUCCAGUGCAGCCUACAAGGCAGAUCCAACAGGCACUGAAAAGCUGUGGACAGCCGUGUCAGGACCCCUGUACUCUCUCACAAACAGGGAGAAACAGCUGGGACUCGGAGACAAGGGUAUAACUACUUACUUCUCCAAGAACUGUGACCUGAAGGAUGCAGAAAUUGCACAGAGGUUCCUGGAUGAGAAGAAAAUCAGCCCAUACAACACCAGGCUGUUCAAGACUGAUGCAGGAUAUGAAGUACGGCUGGCAUCCUCUGCAACAUCAGAGUCUCCAGUGGAGGGCAUGAAGGAUGAUGUGCAGUUCUCCUCAGGACAGAUAGAUGGCACUAACUUCACUGUUAAGAGGGGAGACUAUGCACCACUCAUGGAGAAAGUGGUGCAUAACCUUAAGCUGGCCAAGAGCAAUGCAGCUAACCCCAGUGAAGAGAAAAUGCUAACAGAAUAUGUAAGGAGCUUCACCAUUGGCUCAAUAGAUGCUCACAAGGAUGGAUCACGGCACUGGAUCCAGGACAAGGGACCAAUCGUGGAGAGCUACAUAGGGUUCAUCGAGAGUUACCGUGACCCGUUCGGAGUCCGCGGGGAGUUUGAAGGCUUCGUUGCCAUGGUGAAUAAGCAGAUGAGCGCCAAGUUUGCGUCGCUGGUGGGCGCGGCUGAGGAGCUGCUGCCCCUCCUGCCCUGGCCGCGGGAGUACGAGAAGGACCGCUUCCUCCGGCCGGACUUCACCUCGCUGGACAUACUGACCUUUGGAGGCAGUGGGAUUCCAGCCGGCAUCAACAUUCCAAACUACGAUGACAUCCGUCAGAGCGAGGGGUUUAAGAACGUGUCGCUGGGAAACGUGCUGAACGCGCAGUACGCCUCGGACGCACCCGACAAGGUCACCUUCCUCGCACCACAGGACAGGGAGAUCUUCAUGAACUUCAAGGUGCCGUCGUUCGAGGUCCAGGUGGGUCUACACGAGCUGUUGGGACACGGCAGCGGCAAACUGUUCAAAAAGGAGGCUGACGGAACGUUUAACUUCGACGCAGAAAACGUCAAACACACCGAGACUGGUGAAAAGAUCUCGAGCUGGUACCAGCCUGGGGAGACCUGGGACUCCAAGUUUCCUGUCAUCUCCUCCUCGUAUGAAGAGUGUCGUGCAGAGUGUGUCGGCAUCUACCUCUGUCCUAACCCACAGGUUCUUAAGAUCUUUGGACAUGAAGGGCAGGAGGCGGAGGACAUCAUGUACAUAAACUGGCUGAACAUGGUGCGUGCCGGGGUGCUGGCACUGGAGUUCUACACACCUGACACAGCCGCAUGGAGACAGGCUCACAUGUGGGCGAGGUUUGUGAUCCUACAAGUCCUGCUGGAGGCAGGGGAAGACUUCGUGACGGUCACACUGACCCAGGGGCAGGAUGGGCAACCUGACAUCCUGAUCACCAUGGACCGGGGUAAGAUCCUGACAGUAGGCAAGCCUGCCAUCGGUGCCUUCCUGAGAAAACUCCAGGUCUACAAGUCUGUUGCUGACUACCCUUCAGCUAAGGCCAUGUAUGACAAGUACUCUUUAGUGAGUGAAGAGGGAACUCACAAGUGGCUGACCCUCAGGGACAUCGUUCUGGCUCGCAAACAACCCAGGAAAAUGUUCGUGCAAGUCAACACAACUGUCAACGAUAACAAGGUGGAGAUGAAAGAGUACGAGGCUACAGCGGCAGGUCUGGUCCAGUCCUUUGCAGACCGUUUCCCGAAGGAGGCAGGAGUGGAACAGAUUGUGGCAGAACUGUGGGAGAAGGACAGACCCUACUUCAGCUAAACUCCUGUCAGAAAGUUUAUGGCAACACUUGUUUAAAGGCAUCCAAUGAAUGCAAUUUCAUGUUGGCAAAACGUACAAUGUAUGUCUGAUUUUGAUUUUACUGCCAUUUCUUAGCAAAACUUAUAAUCAUUUCGUACUUAAAGCAUGCCCGUAGCCAGGGGGGUGCGGAAGAACCCCC